AUGGCCUGGCUCGUGUUUGCCCUGCUCGGAUUCAUUGCGUGUCCCUUAGCAGCACUGGGGCUCUACAUCGACACCCAGCAUGGCUACUUGGAUCCACCAUGGCAGGUGUUGGUAGCUGGUAUAGUCGACACUUGCAUGUUUGUCUACGCGUUCUGGGCGCUUGAGAUUGUCACUGACAGCGACACCCCUCUUGAGCGUGCCCGCAAAACCGACGAGGCAACCAGCUCGAUGGGUGAGCUUUCUCUGGGCGAGUCAGUUGUAAAUCGCGACCAGAACGACAGCCUUCGUGGAACUGCCUUUGCCGGUCUGCAUGGAGAUCGUAGGCCUGGCGACUGGGUGUCACAGGGCAGAAACAUGGCCCACCGGACAGCUACAGAGAGCAGCGGUGGCAGCGCUGUAGGCGACGAACUCGCCUCCAUGUUUGGCCUGGAGUCGCUGGCUGUGGGGGGCCGCUCGCGACCUGUACCAGCGACGGUGGUGGCUGCUCAGAGUAUGGAUGUAGACACCUCUGAUGCUGACCUUGGCCGUGGUCCUAGACUACGGCCUGCAGACCCCUCAGGCAACUAUCGGCCAUUCGAAUCGACUCAUUUCCAGUCACAAGACACUGGGCUUGAGUCAAAGAUGCGAGGAUUUUCAAUCAACGAGGACGAUGACGAGGAU